AUGACUUCAGCACUUCUUCCAAACGAUGAAGUACAAUACUGCUUUGAGAACAUUAAUGGAUCUUGCUAUAAAACAUCAUGGUCUUCUGGAAUCCGAAUAACUUUAUAUGGUGUGCUUGGUUUGCUGACAAUUCUUACACUAGGUGGAAACCUCAUGGUAAUCAUUUCAAUUGCUUAUUUCAAACAGCUUCACACUCCUGCAAAUUUUUUGAUAGCCUCCUUGGCAUGUGCGGAUUUUUGUUUGGGUCUGACUGUGCUGCCCUUCAGCAGUAUAAGAUCUAUUGAAACAUGUUGGUAUUUUGGAGAAACAUUCUGUAGAUUCCACAGUUGUUUAGAUGCAUCUUUUUGUUAUUCAUCAAUAUUUCACUUGUGUUUCAUCUCUAUUGAUCGAUAUGUUGCUGUUACUGAUCCUUUGAUUUACCCAAUUAAGUUCACAGUGCCUGUUUCAGGAAUGUUCAUAGCUGCUGCAUGGAUAUUUUCUUUAACAUACAGUUUUUCUGUUGUCUUCUCUGGGGCUAAUGACAAAGGGAUACGAGAAUUAGAAAAUGCACUCUCCUGUGUAGGGAGCUGUCAGCUUGUCUUCAACAAAACAUGGGUGGUUGUAUCCUCUCUACUUUAUUUUAUACCUUUUUUUACAAUGAUAGUUCUUUACCACAGGAUCUUUGCUGUGGCUAAACGACAAGCUAGAAUGAUAGAGAUUAUGAACAACAAUACCCAGUCAUUUGAAAAUUACAGUGACAGAGUUGCCAAAAGAGAGAGGAAAGCUGCUAAAACUCUGGGCAUAGCUGUGAUAGCUUUUUUGAUAUUCUGGUCACCUUAUUUUAUAACUGUAAUAAUUGAUGCUUUUCUUAACUUUAUAACUCCACCCCUUGUCUUUGACAUUAUGGUUUGGGUUACUUAUUCCAACUCUGCCAUUAAUCCUUUGAUUUACUCUCUCUUUUAUCCGUGGUUUCGAAAAGCAAUGAAAGUGAUUGUGAGCUGUAAAAUCUUCCGGCUUGACUGCUCGACAAUGAAUUUAUUUACAGAGUGA